AUGGGCAACGUGGUUCUAAGGCUCUGGGAAUACUUAGAGCCCUGUCUUCCCUGCUUGUCCCGGGAAGAGGACAAGCCAGUGGUGAUUGAGAAUCCAGGAGCUCGUUUCUCCCCAGAAAUCCCUCGGCCACAAAAGAAGGAGCCCGAGAGAAGCCAUGGCAAAUACUAUGUGGCUCUGUUUGAUUACCAAGCUCGAACUGCAGAGGACCUCAGCUUCCGUGCUGGCGACAAGCUCCAAGUCUUGGACACUUCCCAUGAGGGCUGGUGGUUGGCCAGACAUUUGGAAAAACGGGCAGAUGGCUUCGGCCAGCAGCUGCAGGGCUAUAUUCCUUCUAACUAUGUGGCAGAGGACAGAAGCCUGCAAGCAGAGCCGUGGUUCUUUGGAGCAAUCAAAAGAGCAGAUGCAGAGAAACAACUGAAAUAUUCAGGAAAUCAGACGGGUGCCUUUCUAAUCAGAGAAAGUGAAAGUCAGGAGGGAGAAUUCUCCCUUUCAGUUUUAUAUGAAGGAGAUGUGAAACACUACCGAAUUAGAAGACUGGAUGAAGGAGGUUUUUUCUUUACGAAGAGAGUGACCUUUUCAACACUGAAUGAGCUUGUAAGCCACUAUUCCAGGGCAAGUGAUGGCUUGUGUGUCACACUGGGAAACCCAUGCUUAAAGGUACAAGUUCCAGCUCCUUUUGGUUUGUCCUAUAAAACUGUGGACCAAUGGGAAAUAGAUCGCAACUCAGUGCAGCUUCUGAAGCGAUUGGGAUCCGGUCAGUUUGGUGAAGUGUGGGAAGGCCUAUGGAACAAUACCACUCCAGUUGCAGUGAAAACUUUAAAACCAGGUUCAAUGGAUCCAAAAGACUUCCUGCGGGAGGCACAGAUGAUGAAGAGCCUAAGACAUCCAAAACUUAUCCAGCUUUAUGCUGUUUGCACUUUAGAGGAUCCAAUUUAUAUUAUUACAGAGUUGAUGAGACAUGGAAGUCUACAAGAAUAUCUCCAAAAUGACGGUGGGUCAAAAAUUCAUCUGCCUCAACAGGUGGACAUGGCAGCGCAGGUAGCUUCUGGAAUGGCUUACCUGGAGUCUCAGAACUAUAUCCAUAGAGACCUGGCUGCCAGAAAUGUCCUUGUUGGUGAACACAAUAUCUACAAAGUAGCAGAUUUUGGACUGGCCAGAGUUUUUAAGGUAGAUAAUGAAGAUAUCUAUGAAUCCAAACAUGAAACCAAGCUGCCGGUGAAGUGGACUGCACCCGAAGCCAUUCGUUCUAAUAAAUUCAGCAUUAAGUCUGAUGUGUGGUCAUUUGGAAUCCUUCUUUAUGAAAUCAUUACUUAUGGAAAAAUGCCUUAUAGUGGUAUGACAGGUGCUCAGGUAAUUCAGUUGUUGAGCCAAAACUAUAGACUCCCACAACCGCCUAAUUGCCCAGAGCAGUUCUACGCCAUCAUGUUAGAGUGCUGGAAAACAGAACCUAAGGAGCGACCGGCGUUUGAGACCCUACAGUGGAGGCUUGAGGACUAUUUUGAAACAGACUCUUCUUCAUAUUCAGAUACAAAUAACUUUGUAAGAUGAAUACUGAAGAA